GUUUCUGGGGGAGGGGGAGGAGGCGGGUCUGUCAGAAGAGGGACAGCCCGGGUCCCCACUGCGGGCCGGCGAGGCUCUGCCGGGUGCGCCGAUCGCCGCGGCCAGGUGCUGGGCUAAGCAUUUUCUCCUGGAAUUCUCCAGCAUUCGCCUGAAGUAGAUUCAGUUGUCUCCUGUUCGACAACGAAGAGAGGCCUCUGAGGUUACAUGACUCCUUGCUGGAAGCUCUACCACACACCUCCGUAGCAGACGUCACUGUCAGCCACCAGCAGAGAAUGCACAUGCUGGCCACCUCCCGUGAACCACUGUGACUCAGGUGAGCCAGGCCAGAAUGGGGGACACCAGGGAUUUCUGCCCUCACCUGGACUCCAUAGGGGAGGUGACCAAAGAGGACUUGCUGCUCAGAUCCAAGGGAACCUGCCAGUCAUGUGGUGUUGCUGGACCCAACCUGUGGGCUUGUCUUCAGGUCACCUGCCCCUAUGUUGGCUGUGGAGAGUCCUUUGCUGACCACAGCACUAUCCAUGCACAGGCGAAAAAGCACAACCUGACCGUGAACCUGACUACUUUCCGGGUUUGGUGCUAUGCCUGUGAGCGGGAGGUCUUCCUGGAACAACGGCUGGUGGCCCACCUGCCGACAGCCUCACCCAAGUUCUCAGAGCAGGACUCCCCGACACCCACUCACCCUCUGAAAGCUGUCCCUAUUGCUGUGGCUGACGAAGGAGAAUCCGAGUCUGAGGAUGAUGACCUGAAACCUAGAGGCCUCACAGGCAUGAAGAACCUGGGAAAUUCCUGCUACAUGAAUGCUGCUCUGCAGGCCUUGUCCAAUUGCCCCCCACUCACCCAGUUCUUCCUGGAGUGUGGAGGCCUGGUGCGCACAGACAAGAAGCCGGCCCUGUGCAAAAGUUACCAGAAGCUCAUCUCUGAGGUCUGGCACAAGAAACGGCCAAGCUAUGUGGUCCCCACCAGCCUGUCCCACGGGAUCAAGCUGGUCAACCCGAUGUUCCGAGGCUAUGCCCAGCAGGACACCCAGGAGUUUCUGCGCUGCCUGAUGGACCAGCUACACGAGGAGCUCAAGGAGCCCGCAGCGACCACGGUGACAGCACUAGCAGACGCUCGUGACUCCGACUCCAGCGACACAGAUGAGAGGCGCGAUGGAGACCGGAGCCCUUCAGAGGAUGAGUUCCUGUCCUGUGACUCAAGCAGUGACCGGGGCGAGGGUGAUGGCCAGGGCCGUGGCGGGGGCUCUUCGAAGGCUGAGACGGAGCUGCUGAUCCCAGACGAGGCGGGCCGCGCCAUCUCUGAGAAGGAGCGCAUGAAGGACCGCAAGUUCUCCUGGGGCCAGCAGCGUACCAACUCGGAGCAAGUGGAUGAGGAUGCCGACGUGGACACAGCCAUGGCCGCUCUUGACGACCAGCCCACCGGGACCCAGCCACCAUCACCACGGUCCACCAGCCCCUGCCGGACCCCAGAGCCAGACAACGAUGCCCACAUACGCAGCUCCUCUCGCCCCUGCAGCCCUGUCCACCAUUGCGAGGGUCACGCCAAGUUGUCCAGCAGCCCUCCUCGUGCAAGCCCUGUGAAGAUGGGGCCAUCAUAUGUGCUCAAGAAAGCCCAGGUUCCGAGCACUGGUGGCCGGAGGCGGAAAGAGCAGCACUACCGCAGCGUGAUCUCAGAUGUCUUCGACGGCUCAGUCCUCAGCCUGGUGCAGUGUCUCACCUGUGACCGGGUGUCUACCACAGUGGAAACAUUCCAGGACCUGUCACUGCCAAUUCCUGGCAAGGAGGACCUGGCCAAACUCCACUCGGCCAUCUACCAGAAUGUUCCAGCCAAGCCUGGUGCUUGUGGGGACAGCUAUGCCUCCCAGGGCUGGCUGGCUUUCAUCGUAGAGUACAUCCGACGGUUUGUGGUGUCCUGUACCCCCAGCUGGCUUUGGGGACCUGUUGUCACGCUAGAGGACUGCUUGGCUGCCUUUUUUGCUGCUGAUGAGCUGAAGGGUGACAACAUGUAUAGCUGUGAGCGGUGUAAGAAGCUGCGGAAUGGUGUGAAGUACUGCAAGGUCCUGCGCCUGCCCGAGAUUCUCUGCAUCCACCUGAAGCGCUUCCGGCAUGAGGUGAUGUACUCCUUCAAGGUCAGCAGUCAUGUCUCCUUCCCCCUCGAGGGCCUUGACCUGCGUCCCUUCCUGGCCAAAGAAUGCACGUCCCAGGUCACCACUUACGACCUCCUCUCUGUCAUCUGCCACCAUGGCACAGCAGGCAGUGGCCACUAUAUUGCCUACUGCCAAAACGUCAUCAACGGACAGUGGUACGAGUUUGACGACCAGUAUGUCACCGAGGUCCAUGAGACGGUGGUGCAGAACGCUGAGGCCUACGUGCUCUUCUACAGGAAGAGCAGUGAAGAGGCCAUUCGUGAGCGGCAGCAGGUGGUGGCCCUGGCUGCCAUACGGGAGCCCAGUCUGCUUCGCUUCUAUGUGUCCCGAGAAUGGCUCAACAAGUUCAACACAUUCGCAGAGCCUGGGCCCAUUACCAACCACACCUUUCUGUGCUCCCAUGGAGGCAUCCCGCCCAACAAAUACCACUACAUCGACGACCUGGUGGUCAUCCUGCCGCAGAGUGUCUGGGAGCACCUGUACAGCAGGUUUGGGGGUGGCCCUGCCGUGAACCAUCUGUAUGUAUGCUCCAUCUGCCAGGUGGAGAUCGAGGCGCUGGCAAAGCGAAGGAGGGUGGAGAUUGACACCUUCAUCAAGCUGAACAAGGCGUUCCAGGCCGAGGAGUCGCCCACGGUCAUCUACUGCAUCAGCAUGCAGUGGUUCCGCGAGUGGGAGGCCUUCGUCAAGGGGAAGGACAAUGAGCCUCCUGGGCCCAUUGACAACAGCAGAAUAGCACAGGUCAAAGGCAGCGGCCACAUCCAGCUGAAGCAAGGGGCCGACUACGGGCAGAUCUCUGAGGAGACCUGGACCUAUCUGAACACUCUGUAUGGGGGCGGCCCCGAGAUUGCCAUCCGACAGAGUGUGGCCCAGCUCCCAGACCCGGAGAGCCUGCAUGGGGAGCAGAAGAUCGAGGCUGAGACCCGGGCUGUGUGACUUGGGACAGGCUGUGAGUCGUGCUGGCCAGCCCUCCUCCCUCUCCAACCAGCCCUGUGUCCCUCUGAAGGCUGCACCCUGCUGAGUGCCCACCAUCCCCCAGGCCGGUGUCUGCCCCUCCCUGGUGGGUAUGUCUAUGCCCUGGAGCAGCGCUGCGGGAGCACCAGGUGCAGAGGCCAAGCACAGCUGGUUCCCUGUCAACCAGCAAUGCCGUGCUAGGAAUAGAUGCUCUUCAGGCUUCUGCCAACUGCCAGGGCUUUGUUAUGGUGAUUUGGGUCUUUGUCACUAUCAUCACCACGUCCCCUAAACCGGCCCUCUUGCUAGCUCAGGCCCAGCUCUUGUCCCUGGAGCCCCUUGGGAAGGCUGGCACCUGGACCAAGGAUUGGGAGUGGGUGCCACCUCACAGGUGUUUUCCACUAUGUGCUUGGCCUAGCACCCCACAGACCCACAGUGGGAGAUGACCACAGGGCAGAGUGGACGUGAGGGGCUCCCUGUGUCCCCUUGGUGGUCAGCAGGAGACUGCUGAAGGCCCAGGUGUCCCCGUGCUUGUCCUGCCAACCACACAAUGGACUCUUGUGGUUUAGAUGGAGGAAAGAUGGUUUCUGCUGUAGAGGAUGCUUUGGGGUUCCCUGCCAUCCCGUCCUGCUAAGCCCACCCCUAGAGUGGCUAUCACUGGCUUGGUGGAACAACCGUCAGGCCUCCCGAGGAAGAAGUGCGUGGAGGAGCAGAAAUGCCUCGUGUGCUGUCACUCUCGCCUGCUGCUAGCUGAGCUCCUGGGUGGCCUUGGGUGUGGGUUCCGUCUCGCUCCAGCCCUGGCAAUUAGGGCCCUACCCUGGAAGGUGUGAGUUGGGACCACGCACAUAGGCUAGUCCCCAGAAUGUCUAGCAAGGCCACUGUAGAAAUGCUGGUACCUGCUGAGCCUAGUAAUGCUGACUCUUGUUCUGGAGUCAUCAGGCUUGGGGGUGGAACAGCAAGGCAAGGUGUUUGCAGCCCCCGGCCUGGAGCUAACGCUGGGUUGAUAAAGAUGUCCUGGGACCAAACCUCUAAAUGGCCAUGGCCUCCAGUCACCACAGAAGUGUGCACUGUUGGACCUUGCGGCACCCAGGGCCUGUACUCCACUGACAGGCAACAUGCACACCCAUGUGGACCCAACAACAUCUGCUGCUGGAAGCUGUUCUGUGCACCUGUCUUUUGAAAGCAGCCCUGCCAUCGCACAUUGCGCUGUUGGUGAUGCCGAGUCCUCCGUGCGAUCCGGCCCCGCUCCUCGUGGUCUGGUGUGUGUUCAGAGUGUCAUAAUAAACGUGCAUCCCCAGCCCA